AUGCUUUUAACGACCCUCCACCUGGUGUGUACAGAAGGUGGAUUUUAAAUGAAUGAGGUGAUCAAUUUUUACUGCUGCUGCACUGUGUCUGUAGUGUUGUUGCGAUGCUGAGACGACAGAGAGCAGCGUUGAGGCUUCUGCCAUCUCUGACUGCAGCCCCGUGAUUCUGAUCUGACACAGUGGUUGACAAGGUCCUGGGAAGUUUUGCACAUCUUUUGGUUCGUUAUUUGUUUGUUUGUUGCUACAAUGUCUCUUUAUCGAACCACCCUAUGGUUUCUGAACGGAAUACAUCAUUAUACAAGGAAAGGGUUUGAAGCAGCAUCUAAGGACUUCAACCCUCUACACUUGGAUGUGUCUGUUGUAGGAAGGUCUUUUAUGGUUACGGGAGCUAACAGUGGCAUUGGCAGGGCAACCGCCAUGGUGAUAGCCAAAAAAGGUGGGACUGUUCAUAUGGUUUGUCGGGACAAAGAUAAAGCAGAACAGGCCAGAGUGGACAUUGUUAAUGACUCUGGGAAUACAGAAGUAUAUGUGCAUAUUCUGGACAUGUCAGAAACCCAGAAAGUCUGGGAGUUUGCAGAGGACUUCAAAAAGAAGCAUUCAUCAUUGAAUGUGUUGAUAAACAAUGCAGGCUGCAUGGUGCACCAGAGAGAAGUGAACACCGAGGGACUGGAGAAGAAUUUUGCAACCAAUACAAUGGGCAUGUAUGUCCUUACCCAGUCCCUCAUACCACUUCUACUGAAAAGCCGGGAUCCCAGAGUGAUCACUGUGUCCUCAGGGGGCAUGCUGGUCCAGAAACUCAGAGUGGAUGAUCUGCAGUCUGAGAUGGAUAACUUUGACGGGACCAUGGUCUAUGCUCAGAACAAGAGACAGCAGGUGGUGCUGACGCGACAGUGGGCAAAAGUCCACCCUGCCAUACACUUCUCUGUGAUGCACCCAGGCUGGGUGGAUACACCAGCUGUUUCUAAAUCAAUGCCUCAGUUCCACCAGAUGAUGGGGGAAAGACUGAGGACUGCAGAGCAGGGGGCCGACACUGUCGUGUGGUUGGCCGUGUCUAGAGCUGCUGCCAGAACACGCAGUGGACAGUUCUUUCAAGAUCGCAAGGCCAUCCCUGCCCACCUUCCUCUGGCCUGGACUCACAGUUCUGCCCAAGAGGUUGAGAGUUUUAUGACUCAGCUGGAGGAACUGGCCAGACCUAUUCAGUCUCCGAUUCAGAACCCAGAACCAAACAGUUCAUCCAGCCCUGUGGAAUCAGCUCUCCCUGAAAUAGUCUGAAAUGAGCAAUCCAUUAUAAGUAUAUACCUAAAAUGUAUAACCACCAGUGUAAUCAAAUACUUGACAAUGAGACACAAGUACAAUAUGUUGGCCUAACUACUGUAUGAAUAAUUGUUAAGGCAGACUUGAGGGUUGUUCUUACCUCAGUGUAAUACGAUCUAAGCAUGGCACUAGAUGAUCACAGAAACGGUUUUAUGAAGUCUGUAAUCCCAGUAUUUUUGAAAACAUCUGCUGCAUUCCUUCAUCUGUUGUAGCUGUCACUUUGUUAUGAAUUCCUGACUCGUGGCUCUCGCAUCAAAUCUGUUGUUUGUAAAAUCAAUCUCUAAUAAAUAAAUACCCUACCUGAACCCUACUAUGACGUUAUACAUUUACAUAAAAUGAUAAUAAACAUACAUUAUGCAAGUUAAUAAUUA